AUGACGGAGCUGUACAUCCUGUUCGAGUGUUCCGCGGGAUAUUUCCUGCUGAGAGUAAAGGAAUGGGAACAAAUAGGAACAAACGAAAAUUUGGAGAAGAAAAUACAAAAAGCAGAUUUAUUUCACGAAAUUGUGCAAUUAUGUUCAUUUAUAUCAUUUGAAACGGCUGAAAGGGCGUUGAAUAAUUUAAUCCAUAUAAAUGAAGGAAAGGCUACCGAUUUUUUAUUAACCUUUUUAGAACAAAAUUUACCCAGUAAUAAAAGUCAAUACGAGUUAGGAGUAGCAGAUCUCAAUUUAGGCAAGUAUCUUUCAAACAUCGGUUUCAACGUAGUUCAUAAUAACAACAUUUUAGAACUCUUCAGAGCAUGUAGAGAAUUUUUUUUAAAAAAAAUUGGUACCUAUGUAGACAACUGUGGUGAUAUCGAUAUCAAGCAUUUCAACAUUGGAUUAGGACAUAGCUACUCGAGAUCUAAAUUAAAGUUAGACCCAAGGAAACAAGAUAAAUCAAUUAUUAACAGUAUAGGUACAAUUGAAUCACUUGAUAAAAAUAUCAACCUUUUCAGUAUGAGAUUAGUGAACUUAAUAAAAAUUAAAGAAAAUUUCAAUUUCGAGGAUGAAAUGGAAAGGGAGAAGAUAAACGAAAUUACAAAAGAUGAACAAAUCACUGAGAAAAUUAUUAAAGUAGCUAACCUUUCUAUUGGACAAGAACUUACACAAGAAGAUCUCAACAAUAUAAUAAAUUUUUCAAAUGAAGUUAUUAAUUUAUUUAACACAAGGAAUGUAUUAUGGAAUUAUUUAGACAAGAAAUUAAAUAUCGUUUCUCCAAAUUUGAAGGAGCUUUUAGGAAAUACGUUAAGUGCUCGGUUGAUUAGUCAUGCGGGAUCUCUCGUUAAUUUAGCUAAAUGCCCAUCUAGUAGUAUUCAAAUUUUUGGAUCAGAGAAGGCUCUUUUUAACUCUCUUAAGGGAAAUAAAAAAACUCCUAAAUUUGGGAUCCUUUAUAAUUCUUCUUACAUUUCGAAGACUCCUCUCCCUAUGAAGGGUCGUAUGUCUAGGUACCUCUCCUGCAAGAGUGCCAUGGCUGCUAGAAUCGACUCCUUUUCGGAUCACCCUACCAAUUCUUAUGGAAUCAUUUUUAAGAAACAGCUAGAGCAUAAGAUUCUUCACAUGGUCAAGGGGGUGAAGCUGUCCAAAAAUAUUGACUACAUGAAUGAGGCUGAACAGAUUUACAAUCGAGAGGUUGGUGCCGUCCCAGACCAGGAGGAGGACCAGGAGGGAAAGAAGAAGAAAAAGAAGAAAAAGAAGAAGAAGAGCAAGAAGAAGAGCAAGCAGGGAGCGGAGGAGGGAGCGGAGCAGGGAGCAGAGGAGGGAGCGGAGCAGGGAGCAGCGGAAGGAGCAGAGGCGGGAGCAGAGGAAGGAGCGGAGGAAGGAGCGGAGGAGGGAGCGGAGGAGGGAGCGGAGGAAGGAGAUGACCAGAACGGUGAUAUCAAUGGGGAUAUCAAUGGAGAUGUCAAUGGGGAUGUCAAUGGGGAUGUCAAUGGAGAUGUCAAUGGCGAUCUCGAUGGUGACCAGAAUGGAGACCUUAAUGAGGAACAAAACGGGGAAGCGGACGAAGCCGAGGUCGAAGCAGACCAGACCGCUGCUGAAGUAGACCAAAGUGACGCCGACUCAGACAGCGACUGA